CAUUUAUUCUCACAGUGUAAGCUAUUUUUAGAUCUAGAGUUAUAUACGAUAAUGAGAUCAUUCAAAGACAACAUAACACAUAUCAUAUCAUAUAUAAUGCACCAUGGAUCACUGCAUUAUGUAUAAUGAAGGAUAUUUAAUUUAUCCUGCAUUAAUCAUGUCAAUUUGAUGAUAUCUAAUACAGACUAAUUCUUCAAUCAAAACACAAUAUCCUAAUUAUAUAAUGCAGAGGAUAUUUAAUUGUUUCAAGGUUCAAUUGAGCAGUGAUAUUUAAUCUAACAAAGUAAAACAGACUACUGCAAUAUAACUUUACAAUUAAAAUGAAAGAAAGUGUACUUGGAUUACCCCCUUUUAUGAAUGGAACAUUUUCGACAGACUAUGAUUUAGAACUAGUUAGAUACCUGUAUAGCGUACCUGCUCCAGUGAUUAUAUCAGUUAUAUUUUGUUUUAACAUUGUUUAUAUUGUGUUAUGUAACUAUGUGACAGACCAUAGAACAGCAACAAGUGUACAGAAAACUGGGAUUGUAAUAUCUAACACGUUACUGGUGCUGUGUCAGUAUCCUGUCUUCAUUUACUUCUUUGCCAAGGAUGAUCUGUUAGAACCUGCUACCAUUGGUUGGUGUAAUACCUACAGAAUCAUGGGAUAUGUUCUACCCGCCAUAUUUCACACGGCCAGUUUAUGGCAGAUUAUAUUUUAUGGAAUACAGCGUUUUCAGUGUUUACUACAUCCAUUUAAAGCAUUAAAAUGGUACAAAAUCAACCGAUUUAUCAAAUUAACCAUUCUUAUAUUUGUUUGUUCUUUUCUUGUUCAUUUUUAUAAAUUGUUUGACUUUGUCAGCCAAGAAGCAAUUCCUUGUGAUUUUCAAUACAGAGAUGAAUUCAAUAGUAUGAAGUAUGAAGAAUUUUAUGUCUGGUUUUAUGCUAUUGUGGUGCAACUUAUUCCCUGUGUGCUUUUGUCCAUGAUAACUAUAAUUCUUAUUUAUGCUAAUAUGAGGAUGUAUUUCGAACAAAAAAGAGUCCUUAUUAACAAUCCAGAAAAUUUACAAAGGAACUGGAAAUACACAUUACAAGAGUGUCAAUCUAUUGGACUUUUACUUUUAACGUUAAGUGUAGAAUGGCCGUUGACUUUUUAUAUAUUCUCUGGUUCUAAUGUCGAAGACUCAUCACUGAUUUCUCCCCCAAAUUCUUUUCCUAUAUGUAUACAUUUUGCUAUGAUUGUUAGUUAUUCAUUAUAUUUGCCAAUGUAUUUAAUUAUGAACCAUGAUCUGAGGUCAACAUUUUGUCUAUUAAUAUCUGAUAUCAGAGAAACACUGUGUCCAACUAGAAGACAAGAUUUGAAUGAACUUCAGAAUUUGAAUCCAAAUCAAUGUUGACUUUUGUGUAAAUUCAAUGUUUAUUUAUGUAAUGUGCAAUAUACAUGUGAACUUUGUUUUGUCAUAUAUGUUUAAUGACACGUUAAACUACUUCUAA